AUGGGCCAGUCUACGCCUGGAGACAUGUUUAGGGGCAGCUUGCUAGGGGUUAGCAGUGGAUUGAUUCCCCGGCCAAAUUGCACGGUUGCGUCUCCCCUCAGCCGCCCACCCACCCGUCCGUCCGUCCAUCCAGCCCUCGAGCAAUUCGCGACUACACACCAGACGACCAUUGCCGGGCGCGCACGCGGACCGCCUCCCUUUCGGGCCGGAGCUCCACGAUCAACGCCUCUCGCUACUGUCGACCACGUGACCCACCGCUGCCUGCUAAGCACUCACUUCCACAUACCCACAUGUACUACACACUUCAUACGUGCGUACACAUCAGCAUGUAUGCACACAUCCUCCCCCAUGUCCGGCUAA